AUGCCAAAAGCACAUAUUAGAUUGCAGGUUGGGCUUAUAUGGGCGCUGCUUUCCGCGCUCAGACACGCAAGGUGCGUGUAUUUUACGAAUGAGGAUGCAAUGGGCUGCAUGAGGGCGGCUGUGGGCCGCGUGGGCGGGGAGGAUGUGUAUGUGAGCCCGGAGUGGGCAGGGCACCCGGUGUGUGUAGUGAAGAUAGAGUGGCUGAGGUAUGUGUACAACAUGCGGGCGUACUCGUGCGGGCUGGCCACGAGCUUCAGUCUAGUGCCGAGGAAAGAAAACGGAGAAGAGGUGUAUACGUACACGCGAGAGCCGGAGAAGGACAGGGCGCGCCUUCCCGACAGCAUUGCGAGCGCGGCAGCGUUUGCAGGAGAUGGAGAGUACAGCGUGGCGUUCCAUCGCGCGCUGGUGCAUAUGUUUGGCCUGCAGAGAGCCGGCUGGUCGACAUACGAUCGCCUGACAGUUGAAACUGGGCGGCCGUGCUCGUUUACAGAGUUUCUUCGGGAGAGCGGCAGAACGCAAAAAGAGGCGCACUACGUGCUGGCUGCGCUAGUCCUGCUGAGCGAGGGCGUGGACGCGCCGAUUUGGACUUCUGGGAACAGAGUGAUUGUAAAAAAAAGAAAAGACGGCGAGGACGUGCUGGUGGACGCACAUAUAAUCGUGCCAGCUGUGGAGAGUGGAGAAAGGCAGCCAUCCGAGACGUGGCAUGUGAUAAACUUCUUCAAGCGGCACAGAGGCACACACAUGCUGCCAAGCACGUACGAAGAGUUUAAAACGGGAGACUUUUUGGAGAGCCCGCAGCUUCUGAUUCUCACGUACAUAGGCGAGUACGUGAAGAGCGCGGAAGAGCUUAUGUCUGUGAUGGAGUGUGCGUUCAAGCUUGUGGAGGGUAUGGGGCUGGCAGAAAGCUUAAAAGACCCAGGCAGCGUGGUCAGCCGGAUGUUUGUGUGUGCUGAGCAGCUUUCCAAAGCCGAGGCGUAUCUGGGCCCGUUUUUGGCCGCGCAGGAAAAGAUGGAGAAGGCGCGGGUCUUUGGAGAGUUUGUGCAUGUGCAGAAGCAUCUAAACUCGUCAGACUAUUGUGAACAGCUUACGGAUGAGUCUGAUUGGGGUGAGCCCAACAGAGAAGACCCGCCCAGGCCUGAAAUCUGCCCAGAGUACAGCGGGCUCAAAGAAGCAGACAAUUCUGACGAUUCAGACAUGCUGCAGAGCACUAUAAAUGGCCCAGCCAAUCUUGAAUCGUGUGCAAAGUUCGAAGACCCGGCAGGUGCAAUGUGCUUGCUUCUUCUGUGCCUGGCGUACGACCCCGAGAAGAUGGAGUACAACCUUCAAGGCCUGCUGGAGCACAUUAAGCAGACAGCGGAGUCGGCGGAGGUUAGAGCGGCAAUUCUAGCGCUGCAGGCCCAUAUAGAGGAGUGCUCAUUCUUCGGGGCAUUCAACUCACUCGACUGGGUAGGGAGAUAUAACGAUUAUGGACCAGACAUAUUUGUGCGACUUAUGGAUAUUUGGAAGACAGAGGAUCUGCGCAUUCUAGACUUGAUGUGCGAGUUUGCCACGAAAACCGGGCAGCCGAAGGCCGUGGUUGAUGGCUUAGAGGCGCUUUUAGGGGAUUCGGCGGGAGUAUACGGGGAUAUCUUAAACGCCGAGGUCUUACAGCGCAUUAAUUCUGUUGUGCGCUCGCUGGCUGUGCGCUCGCAGGCGCAGAUAGAGACCGUGGGCUAUCCAUUCGGGGGCUACAACCGCUAUGCGGUUAGAGUAAAGCAUCCGCAUAGAGAUAAAAGGCGCAGGCAGGCCUUUGAGCUGGUAACCUGCCAGUGGUAUGUAAAGAGCAGCAUGCGGAUGCCAGACCCCUUUCUUUCCAGCGACGUGCUGAAAGAAAUGCGCAGUCUGGCUGCGCAGUACAGACAGGACGCGGCUUUUCCCAGCUUUGUGUUUGCGGAGUGCAUUGACAGAAUGGUGCUGAGGUGCAACCAGUGCCGGGACCAUGGCCUAGGAAAGAAAAAAAUAUGGAGGGCAGCGAGGAAAACCGCCAAGCGCAGCGCGGAGAGGCCGAACCGGGUGCUCCUGGUGCUGCCAAUUGUGGGCGAGGAGCUGCGGGAAGAGCUUUCUGCGAAGAUGCUUCUGUUUGCGCACCGGUACGGCGUGGCUCUAUCUGCCUUGCAUCCAAUGGCGCAUCUGGUCGCAAACGUGAUAGGGAGCACGGAGCUUGAAAACGAGUUCGUGCGUGAAGGUGUUUUUAAGGUGCCAUUAUUCGUUGGUGCUAUGAAGACGCUAUGCCCGAGCGUGUGCCCGCCCAAGGGGUGCGCUGCGGCAUUUUUUAUGUUCUAUGGAAGCCAUGUGUAUCGAGACGUGUAUGCCCCAAAAAAGUGUAUGUUUUUCACGGGAAGGAUCAAUAUGGAGCACAUCCGGACAUGUGCUGCGCAUGCGGAGGAGCCUUUGCUCAACUGCGCAUUGCUAAAAGGCUACAGGCGUCGAGAGCACGUAGCAUGCUUCCUGGUUGCAGAAAAGCCUAUGGAAAUCCUAGAAGAAACCAUCACGCUUGUCCUGGCCGAGCACGCAGGGAAAGCGCUGGCGGAGGCCAACGCGCGGGUCAGAGAGCUGCUCUUUAUUUGGCUUUUUGCGGCACUUUCCUCCAGCAAGGCAGCGGUGCAUUGCGAGCUCAUUGUGUGGGUGUGCCAGGAGCUAGGCCAGGAGGGCUUCUACCGCGGCUGCAAAAAAGAAGUAUCGGACUUCGACUUUGAAGCGGUCAGUAAAGCGCUAGCGUUCUUGGAGGACCCGUGCAUACAAAAGGCUCUUGAAAGCAUUGGGUGGGCGAAGCUUGACAUGCUGAAGAGAGCAUUGCGCGAGCGGCGAGAGCUUUGCUUGAGAUUUCGGAUGUAG